AUGGCCUCUAUGUAUGGAGAAAUAAUAGAGGCAAAGAAGGCAAUAUUGGUUUCGGUUGAUAAUUCGGACAAGGACUAUAAGGCGAUCACAACGGCCAUGGAGAGCAAGAUGAAUGGGAGGCUAGAUACCCCAUUGCACAUGGCUGCAUAUGCCUUGAAUCCAUAUUAUAGUUAUGCUACCACAAGCAUCUUUACCGAUGUGGAAGUCAUGUCCGGCUUGAUGGAAGUUAUUGAGCAAUUUUAUCUCGAUGAUGAUGAGAAGCAAAACAAAGUGCUUAACAUUGACUUGCCCAAAUUUAAAAAGAAGGAAGGCAUGUUUUGGAAGGUGGCUGCCACCAAAGCAAUUAGCAAUGCAAAUUUCAAUGCCGGGGAGUGGUGGGCAACUUAUGGACUACAAACUCCUACAUUGAUGCACAUUGCUUUGAGGAUACUCAACUUGACCACAAGUUCAUCCGGAUGUGAAAGAAAUUGGAGUGUUUUUGAACAAGUGGAUGCAAAGAGGAGAAAUAAACUAGACGUGCAUCGUAGGGACGAUCUAGUUUAUAUUCAAUUCAAUGGAAGAAUGAUAGACAAGAGGAAGAAGUACUCCUCAUCUUGUGAUGUUCUUCUUGGUGAAGAUGCUUCCAUGGCACAAGAUUGGAUAUGUGAAGGUGCUUACGUUGAUGCUGCGGAGGAGGUUGAUGCGGAGGAGGUUGAUGCAAUGGGAGCUUCCGAGUUUGUUGAGCUACGUACAAGUGCAAGAGUGAGAGAACUUCAUGAAGUGAAAGAAUUUGUUUCCGAUGGGGAAGAAUCUGAUCACGGGCUUGUCAAUGAGGAUGACAUAGACUUUGAGUCCGAUGAUGAUGGGGUGAUACAAGGUGCCAAUGAAGAUGAGGAGGGAGACCCGAUGGAGCCUUAA